AUGUGUAAGCAAUACACGCAAAGUAUUGUUAAAAAAUUAAGUUUUGAUGAUGAUAUUGGUGACCCAGACUUUGAGCAAUCAGAUGAUGAAUGGGGUAGUUCUAGUGAUAGUGAUGGUGAUGACGCAGGAUUAGAUUUAUCAAAACUUGACGAUAAUAUUCCCGUGGAUCAAUCAUUAAAAGAAAUUUUAGGCAAUCGUAUUACGGGAAUGGAAUCAGAAUUCGAUGACGAUAGUAUACUUAAGGCGGUUGAAAAUAAUGAAAUUAACGAAGACGAUAUUAUAGAAAAUCAAGAAGAAGCAGGUUCUUCAAAAAUAGAGGAAGAAGCUUGGCGUAAAAUUGCCGAUGCAUUUAAUAGCUGCAAUCCCAUGAGGUCCAUAGCUCAAAUGAAAAGGAAAAGUAAAUAUGACAAUUUAAAAACAGCAGCUAGACGAUUUUCGGGCAAUGCAAACCGUAAUUUAUAUGGCACAGGAGGUAGACCUCCUGUAGUUGUCAACCCAAACCCCGUAUAUGAUGAAGUUUUGUCUAUAAAAAACUGUGUCGGGGCUGAUUUGGAAAAUGAAGUAGGAAUUGAGAACGAAAGGACCGAAAUUUAUCAGGAUCAAAUUAUUGUAGAUGAGAAUAAGAUCCAUGAAACGGAAGAGGCACAGAAUAAUACUUGA